GACACGUGGCUGUGCCAGUGUCUUAAUGGAGGAGAGAAAGCUAAGUUAAGGAUGUUCCAGAGAAUGAUGUUGGUGUUGAGGAACUUCCAAUGGCGGAGGACAAAUCUGUGGAGAGAGAGAGAGAGAAACACAUCUCCCAAACAGAAACCAUAAUCAGAAGGAGGAGAAGAAGAAGAAGAAGAAAAGGUGAGGAUCGGAGGAGGGAACGGUUUUGGAAAUCGCCGGUUUCAUCCGAUUGGCUGUGAGAUCGAUCGAGAACGCGGGAAGGGGAACAUUGCAGAUGAAGCUCUAGGAGUUUGGCCGCGGAUUCUGAGAUUGGAAAUAUUGAAGAACAUCUUUUAGUUUCUCUUCUCAACGUUAACGCCGUCAUGUCUUCUCAGAGUCCUGAACGAAAAAGAUUCUAUCAAGUCUGGCCCGGCAAAAAUAAAUUCUACUGUGGGGGAAGACUAGUGUUUGGUCCAGAUGCAUCUUCGCUUCUUUUGACCAUAUGUAUGAUAGGAGGGCCAGCUAUCACUUUCUGCAUCAGGAUGGCUUUUUUGAUUAGACGUCGUCACCCUUUGUUUCAUUCUCAGAUUUUAAUUGGUGCAAUUCUUCUCACAUUCAUGGAUUUCACUUUUCUCUUCUUGACAUCAUCGAGAGACCCCGGGAUUAUCCCAAGGAACAAAGAAGUGCCUGAGUCAGAGAUUCCUGAUGUUGUCACCCAAUCUACAGAAUGGGUGAGUAACAAAUUAGUAAAUGUGAAAUUACCUCGGACUAAAGAUGUAAUUGUGAAUGGCUUCACCGUCAAAGUGAAGUUUUGUGAUACCUGUCUCCUAUACCGUCCUCCACGUGCCUUUCAUUGCUCUAUCUGUAACAACUGUGUCCAAAGGUUUGAUCAUCACUGUCCAUGGGUAGGUCAGUGCAUCGCCUUGCGUAACUACCCAUUCUUCGUCUGUUUCUUAUCAUGUUCAACCCUCCUCUGCAUCUACGUGUUUGUCUUCUCAUGGGUCAGCAUGCUUAAAGUCCAUGGGGACUUCUAUGUUGUCCUUGCUGAUGACUUAAUAUUAGGUGUUCUUGGUCUCUACUGCUUUGUUUCCGUCUGGUUUGUUGGUGGACUUAGUGUCUUCCACUUCUACCUAAUCUGCACCAACCAGACGACCUGUGAGAAUUUCCGGUACCAUUACGACAAGAAGGAAAACCCUUACCGAAAGGGUAUCUUAGAGAACUUUAAGGAGCUGUUCUUUGCAAAGAUACCAUCACCUUUGAUCAAUUUCAGAGAUUGGGCACCAGAAGAAGAAGACGAUGUGGAGGUCGGAUCCAUCACAUCUAAGCUAAGCAGAACCAUGGGUCCUCAAAACACGAAAAUGAGCAGUGGUAAGCUUGGAGUACGGUAACAACAGUGGAGGCUAUCAAGAGGAUUUUAAGUGUGGAUGAAGGCGCCACAGCGAUUGGUUUGGUUUACCAAGAACCAGCGAAUAUAAGGAGAAACUCGAGCGUGGCUUUGAGACCAAGAUAGAGCAAAGAAAAGGACAAACAUGUGUAAAUUUAAUUCUUUAACUCAAAGCCUUGUAGCUCUCUCUGUCUUUACUCGUUGAUAAGAUCUUUUUAAAAUCUUUCGCAUUAAGAAUAGGAAUUAGGAGAAUUGGUGUAUAUAGUGGUUUCUUGCGUUACGGGAAAUUUAAACUUGGUGUGUAUUUCAUUGUCUCCAACU